AUGGGGGCAUUGAAGGCUUCCGCUCGCUCUCCAGGAGCUAUGCCGACUGCCGGAUGGGGAGUGCGGACUUUUACUGCUUUUGGCAUUGUUGGCCUUGCGAAUAUUCUUCUUCCCUACCUCAUCCUGUCCAGCCUCUAUCUCAUCGUUCCCUUUCCACAACCCGUCGUCCUGCUCAUAGAGCUACUCCCUGCUCUCGCCGUCAAACUUAUCCUUCCUCACAUCUUGCAUUACACGCCGCACUGGCUCUGGCUGCUUCUCCUCGCAAGCUGCUGGGUUCUGGCCACUAUCGCUGCCAACGCCGCACCGCCAAACGUCAUUGCCCCGAUCCGUGUCUUGAUCGCCGUACUUGCGUCGGCCACUGCUGCAGCCGGCGAGGUUUUCUUCCUGAGCCAACUCUCACGGUACGGCAAGGCGGCGCUGGCGGGAUGGGGAACGGGGACAGCGGUGGGAGGUGCCCUGCGCGCUGUUCUGCCGGUGCUGGUGACGGUUCAUAUGGGCGUCAUGUUGCGCAGUGUUACGGGCUAUGCUUAUUAUCUAGUUGCGGCUUUGGUGGCUGCUGAUUUCAUGGUGUUGCCGUCUUCUCAGAGCCAGAAACGGAAGAGCUUGGCCAUUGAAACCGGGUUUGCAGCUGAAGACGGGGCCGUCUCUGAGAAACUUGGGAGUCAAAAGUCUUCACUCCUCGCAACGGAGAGAUGCUCGCCAUUUAGCUUCUGGGAGCGUUUCCGACGUAAUAUGCUGCUUCUGAGCAACAAGCUUCUGAGGCUAUACAUUGACCCUCUGCUCCUGGUUACAGCAACGCAGGUCUUUGUACUCUCGGGAACACCUCGUGCCAGUAUUGCACUGCCGGGCUUUUCAAGCUAUUCAAUGUUUCUCUCUGAGUACGGGCUCGCAUUCCAGACUGGAAACGUUGUAGCUCGGUCAACUGCUCUUUUGUUCCGAGUCAGAAGACCAAGGCUUGUCUUUGCCAUGUUGUUGGCCUGCUCUCUAGCCGCCAUUCUCAACACCACACUCUUGUUGAGUGAGGACGCACAUGUUGCUUUUAGCCUUGCCUGUGCCGUUGGAUGGUGUAGCGGCUUCAUGUAUAUGAACACAUUUGGUGCUGCCAUGGAAUAUCUGAGCAGGAAUCCGGAGGAGGACGCGGAGUUUGCCUUGGGGAGCAUUGGGAUUGGGCAGAGUGUGGGACUGCUCAUUGGAGGGCUUGCUGGGGUUUUGUUCGAGGCACAGCUUUGUGGGCUGGCGAGUCGGAAUGGACGGUGGUGUUCUACUACCGUAUAG